UUGUAAACAAGGCUUUAACUGAAUCAAUGUCAAUUAGAAUUUUAAUAUUUUCAAUAAGCCAAAUGAUUUAUUGAUUAUUUAGAUAUCUACUUUAAUUUUAAGUUAUUUUUCAAUAGAUGUUGUUACGAAAAUUUUAUCAAAAUAUUCUUAAUAAAAAGACUUCAGAUAUAAACCUAACCACAUUUGUACUUUCUAACAUUUAAAUAUAUGUAGUAAAUAUAUUUUGUGAUUUUUGAUGACGAGACAAUGGAUGUAGCUACUCCAACCCCACAAGAUCUUCAGAGGAAACUGUAUUUUUUAGUGGAGCAACUCCAACACAUGGCUGGUGAACUUCCUCCAAAGUAUCAAAUGCGUCUUCCCUAUGAAUUAUUAUCUGGUUUAGCUAAUUCUCUACUGAAUGAUACAAUAUUUGAAAUCGUUAAGGGAUUAAUGGAGAUACAGCAUGUUACAGAGAAACAUCUUUUUCAACAACGUCUUCAGUUACUAAAUCAACAGAAAAUCGAAAUGCAAGAAUCAUUAUCAUCAACAUACACAGAUGAAGAAAGAACAACGAUGAAAGUAACAUUAUAUAAAAAACACAAAGAGGAGCUUAAACAAAUGGAUAUGAAAUUAGUUUUGCAACUAGAUCAAAAAGUAGCAGAUCAACAAAGUAUUUUAGAAAAAGCUGGUGUACCUGGCUUUUAUGUUACCAACAAUCCAAUAGAAAUUCAAGUCCAAAUGAGAUUGUGUGACUUCAUAAUUAGACUGAGUAAAAUGGAAGUUCCGAGUUAAUAUAUAACUCAUAAAAUUCUUACUUUCUAAGAAUCAUACUACUUCCUUAAAUGAAAUACUAAAUUAUAUAAUUUAUUAGACUUAUUUAUUUUCACAAAUUGUACAUUAGUUCAAUUAAUAUAAUGUUUUUUCCUUA